AUGGCUUUUGAAAACAUUCUCCCGCCACCCAGAUUCAACCUCACGCCAGAGGAAAUGUCCGGCAAAGCAGCCUACAUCUUGGAACUGGCCGAAACUGCUGUUCGCGAGAGUACUUCUUCCAUUGAGCCUGGAGAAGCAAUCUUUGCGAAUGUCAUCAUCCCCGUCGACAUCAGAACGGCGGCCGCAAAAGCACCCAAGAGUGCCCAGGAAGCCUGGGAAUUCAUCUACGACACCAAAGAGUUGUUCCUCUUGAUCAAUGCUGUCAUCCACCAAAAACCCGCGGAUCUUGACGAAAAAUCAACUCGGCUCCUGGCAGAUCUACAUAGCGAGUGUAUCGAAAAUGGCCUCAGCUUUCCAGAGGCUGACAUGAAACGCUAUUCAGAGAUCAGACACCGCAGAUGCGGACUACGCUCUUUGUUUGUGGCGAAUCUCGCUACCGACCCUGGCGUUGUCUUCAAAUCCGACGCUGAACUGGCGGGCUUGUCGAAGAGUAAGCUUGAGAGUUUUGAAGCGGACGAGCAGGGCAGACGGAAAAUUCUUCGUCACAGGACGAAUGCUAAUGUUAUCAUGCGGCAGUGCACCAAUAAACAAACCCGGAAGGAUAUCUGGGCCGCCAAGGAAUGUAUAUAUCCCAACUACGCAAAAUACUUGAGAGAAGGGGUUCUCCUGCCGGACGAAGGAGCCCGUUUGUUGGGAUUCUCUUCGUACAACAACCAGCUUGUAGUUAUGGAUCUCCUCAAGACCAUGGGGACGAAGCUGAAUCCCUUGGUGAAGGUAGAAAUGGAUGCUUUGCGGGCGUUACAUGGCGAUGGUGAGCCAAUGCGCUUCCGGGACCUUGCUUGCUACGAUUCGCAGAUGUGGAAGGGCAGGAAUGUGAAUAGUGAGCUCGUGGCGGAGUAUUUCCCCGCCGUCUUUGUGCUGGGCAGGAUGCUGGAGAUUUUUGAAAAAAUAUUGCAUUUGAAGAUUGUGGAGGUUUCAAAUACAAAAGACGACAAGGUGUGGCAUCCAGAUGUCGUGGUGUACAAAGUGAGGGAGCUGGGAGGAGUGUUUGCCGGUCAUCUAUACAUGGAUUUGUAUCCGAGAGAGGGUAAGUAUAAUGGCUCUGCGGACUUUAACAUUCGGCCGAGCUAUAUCGACCGAGAGGGAAAAUACAUCCUUAGUGCUACUGCGCUGAUCUGCAAUGUAACGCUUCCGACGAAAGACACUCCUGCGUUGCUGCACCACUCCGACUUCGUAACUAUAUUUCACGAACUGGGUCACGAAUUCUUCUGCUGUCUCCUCGAGACCCUGAAGCACAUGAGCUGCCAUUAUUCGUAUCUUCCGGAAGAAUACAGGCAGCGCUGGCAACGGAUGAGUCCCUGCACGAUCACGCAACCGGAGAAGCAGAUCCCGAGUGAAAUGGUGUUGGCGUUGACUGAGGCCAAGAAUGUCAAGAGUGCAAUAUGGGCCGCGAGACAGGUCGGACUGAGCGUCCUCGACCCGGAGGUCCUCUAUUACAGAGGCAACCGGGCUGCAGGGUGCAGACGAUGGAGCGAGGUUGGGCAACGGGACCCGUAUCCCCGCAGAAGAUGUGGAAGACGUGCUUCCGAGAUAAGAACGAAUCCAGAAGCCGGGCUUCGGUAUCGUCAAGUGGUGUUGGACAAAGGUGGCAGUGUGGAUGAAACGAGGAUGGUGACUGCAUUUCUAGGUCGUGAGCCUAACUCGGAUGCUUAUUUGGGGGACAUUGGAGCAAAAUGCUCUGGAGACUGCUGGACUCUCCCAACUGGGUAUCAAUCGUCUCGUUGUGGCGUUCAGACAGCGUACUUGUGUUUGGUCAUCGUUGGCAGACACAGGUUUUGGAGGGUGUAA